AUGUCGACGAGCAGGAAAUUUACGCUGAAAAGCUCAGAUGGAGAGGCUUUUGAAGUAGACGAAGCCGUAGCGCUUGAAUCGCAGACUAUAAAACACAUGAUCGAAGAUGAUUGCGCUGAUAACGGUAUUCCUUUACCCAACGUCACAAGUAAGAUUCUUUCUAAGGUGAUCGAGUACUGCAAAAAGCACGUCGAGACUCCUAAAUCGGACGAUCGUCCUUCUUCUGCUGAUGAUGAUCUUAAAGCUUGGGAUACUGAAUUCGUCAAAGUUGACCAGGCCACUCUCUUCGAUCUUAUCCUGGCUGCCAAUUUUCUGAACAUCAAGAACUUGCUGGACCUCACUUGUCAGACAGUGGCUGAUAUGAUCAAGGGCAAGACCCCAGAAGAGAUCCGUAAGACUUUCAACAUCAAGAAUGACUUUACGCCAGAGGAAGAGGAGGAGGUUCGGAGAGAGAACCAGUGGGCUUUUGAGUAG